AUGGCCUCCAAGACCUAUAACGUCGGUAUCAUCGGAUACGGCUUCAGCGCCAAGAUCUUCCACAUUCCUUUCGUGGCACAGAUCCCCGAGCUCAAGCUUUAUGCCGUUGUACAGCGUACCCCUAAGCCUGACGAUGAUGCUGAGAAGGAUCACCCCGGUGUCAAGUCUUACCGCACAACAGACGAGCUAGUUCAAGACUCUGCCGUCGACAUUGUGAUUGUUACCACCGCGCCUGACUCCCACUUUGCGCUGUGCAAAUCGGCCCUCGAGGCUGGCAAGCACGUCAUUUGCGAGAAGCCCUUCACCCCCACUUACAAGGAGGCCGCUGAUCUCGUCGCCAUUGCCAACAAGGAGAACAAGCUGCUGGCUGUCUACCAGAACCGUCGCUGGGACGCGGACUUCGUCACUCUUACCAAGCUCGUCAAGAACGGCUCUCUUGGCCGCAUCUCCGAGUUCGAAACCCACUUCGACCGCCACCGCCCCGAGCACCCCUCCGACGAUGCCUCAAAAUGGAAGAACAAGGUCAUUCCCGGUGGUUCCGCCGUCUAUGAUCUGGGAACUCACCUGCUUGACCAGGCAGUGCACCUUCUCGGUGUUCCCCAGCGCGUCACUGGCUUCAUUGGUUCUUCCCGUGCUGUGAACAGCUCCAACUACGAGGACUCAUUCACCGUCCUGUUCCACUACGCCAAUAACACACUUGUCACCGCCAAGGCUACCGUUGUCAGCCCCGAGGAGGAGCAGCUCCGUUUCUGGGUCCGCGGUGAGAAGGGUAGCUUCAAGAAGUUCCACAUCGAUAUCCAGGAGGACCAGCUGAAGGCUGGCAUGAAGCCUGAUGAGUCUGGAUACGGUCGUGAGCCUAGCGAGCGCUACGGUACAUUGACCACCUUCCAGGACGGCAAGCCCGUUAAGGAGGUCGUUCCUACUGUUGAGCCCCCUACCUACACUGAGUACUACCGCAAGUUCGUUCGUGCUCUCGGUGGCGAGGGCCAGCUUCCUGCUAGCGGCGCGGAGGCUGCCGAGGUUAUUCGGUUGAUUGAGCUUGCUCGUGAGAGCUCUGAGACUGGCCGAACCCUGGAUGUUUAA